AUGCCGUACCUAGGACUCACGUCUAUCGAUCCAUUCGGAAUACUUUCCACUAGCCAAAAGUCUACACCACUACCUUCUCAUGCCCAUGACUCACCUCGCGAAACAUCUCAACAAAUUUGGAGUUUGAAAGAAUGGAUUUUCUAUCCAUUCACUGUUUUCAACAACCGAGAGGAGUUCGACGAAAAAAUCAGAGAAAUACUCGUGCAAGGGUCCAUGGUGACCAUCUGUGAAAUCUGGACUGAUGCUAGACUAUUGACUAGAAUGUCUGCUUUACAAAGUUUGUCAAGUCUCGGAGAAAGCAAAAGUGCUUUGAAGAAUUGGCUGGGACCUGAGAGACGGAGAGUGCAACGAUGUAAAAAGAAGACAGAAUGA